CUUCCACACAGAUCCUGAUAACAUACUAGAUUCCAGAUUUUGGAACUUAAUCUCUUCAAGAUGCGCAGUACUGCUGUUAUUGUCCUGUUGGUGGUGGUGGCUGUGACCCUCCAUGCAACAGUGGCCGGGAGAAAUAUGAAAUACUUCGAACGGGAGGCGGUGUCCGAGUUGGCGGCGCAGAUCCUGCGCGUGGCUCAGGGACCCUCGGCCUUCGUCGCGGGACCUCACAAGCGCAACUCGGAGCUGAUCAACUCCCUCCUGGGGAUCCCCAAGGUCAUGACCGACGCCGGGAGGAGAUAAA